CCCCCACCUGCCCCCUGUGUGCACCUGCCCGGUGUCCCUUGCUCUCCCACAGAAUGCCUGGAAAAGGCAAAGGAGGAGAGGCACCCUGGAUCCUCACUGUGAUUCUUCCAAGAGGAGAGAGGAAAAACAGACCUGGCUAGGAGGAUGUCCAUCCUCAUUCACCCAGCUGUGGCAAUGGCACAAGGAACCUCAGUCCACCUGACUCUGUGUCCUGGGUUCCGACCCCCAUACCACGCUGAGUCUAGGCCAGGCAGUGGUGAAAAGCCCACUUUCUGGUGCCCUUUGACCCUGACAUCGAGGCCAGGAAAGUGUCUGAAGGAACCCUGGGUGUCCACUGAGAGGGAACUGGCUGGGCUCCUGUAUAAUGGUCACGUGGGAAACAGAAAUAUUCCAGAACUGUCCAGGCCCUGAGGUACCCGCAAUGGGAGUCCUUCUUUGGGACUGUGGUAUCAACAGCUCCCUCAGCCAUGAAGCUGUGCUGCCCUCCCCAGGGCUCCUCCCAGCCAGGUGUCAGCAGUGGGGAGAAGACACCACCCCAGUCCUGGACUGCUGGCUCCCGGGCCUGGUAUUGGAGGGAGGGACAGGGCGGGGCGGGAACAGCGGCUGCCUGCUGGGAGCCAAACCGAAAGCACUUGGCUGGAACUGGACGGGGAGUCGGGCUCCAGGAGUGGGAGUGCUGAGCUCUUCCGGACGGCACCAGGCCGGGAAGGCUGGAGAGGAAUUCUAGCCCCCUGCAACCCACAGGCCCAGGGCUGAGUGAGGGCAGGUGGGAGGCGUCUGCCCCCCCCAUUGGGGGGGCAGGACAGGGCUGCAGGCCUGGGUGCUGCCUGGCACCUGGAAGAUGCCUGUGCCCUGGUUCCUGCUGUCUUUGGCACUGGGCCGAAACCCCGUGGUCAUCUCUCUGGAGAGGACUGUGGGGCCUCAGGAUGCUGCCCGCUGCUCUCCAGGCCUCUCCUGCCAGCUCAGGGCUGGUGAUGUGCUCUGCCUCCCAGGGAGCAUCGAGUCUGCCCCAGGCCCCGUGCUGGUGCCCACAUACCUGCAGACAGAGCUGGUGCUGCGGUGCCGCCAGGAGACCAGCUGUGAUCUCUGUGUGCGUGUGACUGUCCACUUGGCUGUGCACGGGCGCUGGGAAGAGCCUAAAGAUGAGAAGUCAGGAGGAGCAGCUGAACUAGAGCUGAAGGAGCCCAGGAAUGCCUCUCUCCAGGCCCAAGUCCUGCUCUCCUUCCAGUCCUACCCCACUACCCGCUGCGUCCUGCUGGAGGUGCAAGUACCUGCUGCCCAGGUGCAGCCUGGCCAGCCCGUGGGCUCUCUAGUGUUUGAUUGCUUCGAGGCUGCUCUGGGGACCGAGGUUCGAAUCUGGUCCUACACUCAGCCGAGGUACCAGAAGGAACUCAACCUCACACAGCAGCUGCCUGACUGCAGGGGGCUCGAAGUCCGGGACAGCAUCCAGAGCUGCUGGGUCCUGCCCUGGCUCAACGUGACUGCAGACGGCGACAAUGUUCGGCUUGUGCUCAACGUCUCCGAGGAGCAGCAUUUUGGCCUCUUACUGUACUGGAAUCAGGUCCAGGGACCCCUAAAACGCUGGUUGCACAGAAACCUGACUGGGCCACAGACAAUUAUCUUGAACCACACAGACCUGGUUCCUUGCCUCUGUAUUCAGGUGUGGCCCCUGGAGCCCGACCCAGUCAGGACCAGCAUCUGCCCCUUCAAGGAAGACCCUCGAGCACACAGGAACCUGUGGAGAGCAGCCCGCCUGCGGCUGCUGUCACCCAGGAGCUGGUGGCUGGAUGCACCAUGCUCCUUGCCUGCAGAGGUGACGCUGUGCUGGCAGUCACCAGGCGGGGACCCCUGCCAGCCCCUGAUCCCACCGCUGCCCCUGGAGAAUGUCACUGUGAAUAAGGCCAUCGAGUUUCCUGUGCUGAAAGGCCACCCCAACCUCUGUGUCCAGGUACGCAGCUGGGAGAAGGUACAGCUUCAGGAGUGCUUGUGGUCUGGCUCACUGGGGCCCCUCAAGGAUGAUGUACUUCUGGUGGAGACCCAAGGCCAGAAGGAUAACAGAUCACUCUGUGCCUUGGAACCCAGCGGCUGUACUCCACUGCCCAGCAGGGCUGCCACGUCUACCCCAGGUGACAGCCCGCACCCCUUGGCUUGGCAGAAGGCAGCUCGCCUUGGAGAGCAGUUGCUUCGAGACCUACAUGCAGGCCAUUGUCUGCAGUUGUGGGAUGGUGACCUAGGAGCAUUGUGGGCCUGCCCGGUGGACAAGUACGUCCACAGGCGCUGGGCACUGGUAUGGCUGGCCUGCCUCCUCCUCGCUGCUGCGCUUCUCCUCCUGCUCUUCCUCCGGAAGGACCACGGGAAAGCAGCUGCCGACGGGGCCCGCGCGGCCCUGCUACUCUAUUCGGCGGAUGAUGCGGCCUUCGAGCGCCUGGUGGGCGCGCUGGCGUCGGCGCUGAGCCGGCUGCCGCUGCGCGUGGCCGUGGACCUCUGGAGCCGGCGUGAGCUGAGCGCGCAGGGCCCGCUAGCCUGGCUGCAUGCGCGGCGGCGGCAGACCCUGCAGGAGCGCGGCGUGGUGGUGCUGCUCUUCUCGCCCGGCGCCGUGGCGCUGUGCCGGGAGUGGCUGCAGGGCGAGCCGCCGGCGCCGGGAGCGCACGGCCCGCACGACGCCUUCGCCGCCUCGCUCAGCUGCGUGCUGCCCGACUUCCUGCAGGGCCGGGCACCGGGCCGCUAUGUGGCCGCCUGCUUCGACGGCUUGCUGGCUCCGGACGCCGUGCCCGCGCCCUUCCGCGCCGUGCCCCUCUUCUCCCUGCCCUCGCAGCUGCGCGGCUUCCUGGACGCCCUGCAGGGGGCGCGCGCUGCACGCCCCGGACGGCUAGAGGACAGCGCGGAGCAGGUGGCCCGCGCCCUCCGACCAGUCUUGGACAGCUGCUUCCGGCCCCCACCGCUCGGGAUGGGCCCGGGGCCGGGGGCGGGACUUGAAUAAAGCAGAACUGGUUUUCUA